UGGUGACCUUCAAGGAUGUGAUGGUAGACUUCACUGAGGAGGAGUGGGGGCUCUUGGAUCCUUCUCAGAAGGAGCUGUACAAGGAGGUCAUGCUGGAGAAUGUCGAGAAUCUGCUGUCCCUGGAUGUGCAGCCCAAGUUUGAAAGGAAUGAGAUGACUAGAACGGUGGGACUUUUGGUGGAAGAAUGUAUCCUGCAAAGAUUCAUGAAGGAUGAUCCCUGUGCCUUGACUUUGAGGGAAAUACAUGCCUCUAAAAUCCAAGUAGAUAAGCCAAAGACUGACUGUGAAUUGGAUGAAAGUAGAAAGAGAUUCAGUCGAUUUUGUUUCCUAAAUCAGUAUAAGAAAAUGAAUUCAUGGAAAAACUGGCUUCUGGAUAGUGAAUAUCAAAAAUGUUUUCCUGAACAGGAAGAGCUUUCUCAUUCCCAGGAGAAGCCUGCUGAAAUUGUAAUGAAUCAAGAUAAUCAAUGGGAAAUGGCCUUCAGCAAGAGUUCAGACCUCACUAGACUGCAGAAAAAUGCUAAUGGGGAAAUGGUUUGUGUGGGUCAAGGUGGAAAAGCCUUGAGUCAGACCUCUAAGCUCAUUACUCAGCAGGUAAUUCAGAUAAGAAAGCAACCUGAUGAAUAUAGUGAAUGUCAAGCAAUGUCAUCCCAUUAUUCAUCACUUCCUUCCCAAUAUUCAGUCAAUCCUGGAAUGAAAAAACCUUUAUUUGGUGAGUGUGGGAGGGUCCAUAGUUGGAACUCAGACCUUGAUAGAUCUCAGAAGAUUCAUCCUGGAGAGUUUUAUAAAUAUAAUGAAGGUGGGAAGAUCUUCAAACAGCGAUUCUUUCUAGCUAUACCUGAGAGAUUCCACACUGGAGAGAAUCCUUUUGAAAGUAAUUACUGUGGAAAGACUUUUGCAUCUAGUUCCACUCUUAGUAAGCAUCAUAGAAUCCAGACUGGAGAAAAACCUUUUAAUUGUAAUCAAUGUGGAAAGUUUUUCACACAGAGUGUCAGUCUUGCUGAACAUCAGAGGAUCCAUACAGGAGAAAAUUUUUAUAAAUGUAAUCAAUGUGGAAAGGUUUUUAUAAAGAGAUCCAGUUUUGUUGUACAUCAGAGAAUCCACACAAAAGAAAAGCCUCAUAAAUGUAAUCAUUGUGGAAAGGCUUUCACAUGGAAGGGAGAUCUUAACAGACAUCAGAAAAUCCACACUGGAGAGAAACCUUUUAAAUGUAAUCAGUGUGGAAAGGCUUUCACAAGAAAUUACAUGCUUGUAGAACAUCAGAGAAUUCACACUGGGGAGAAACCUUAUAAAUGUAAUCAGUGUGGAAAGGCUUUCAUAAGGAGUGCACAUCUUGCUGUACAUCAGAAAAUCCACACUGGAAAGAAACCUUUUAAAUGUAAUCAAUGUGGAAAGUCUUUCACACAGAGUUCCAGUCUUACUAUACAUCAGAGAAUCCACACUGGAGAGAAACCUUAUAAAUGUAAUCAAUGUGAAAAGGCUUUCAUAAGGACAGCCAGUCUUCUUUUACAUCAGAGAAUCCACACUGGAGAAAAACCUUUUAAAUGUAAUCAAUGUGGAAUGGCUUUCAUAAGAAAUUACAUGCUUGUAGAACAUCAGAGAAUCCACACAGGGGAAAAGCCUUAUAAAUGUAAUUGUUGUGGAAAGGCUUUCAUAACGAGAGCCAGUCUUCUUUUACAUCAGAGAAUCCACACAGGAGAAAAGCCUUAUAAAUGUAAUCAGUGUGGAGAGGCUUUCACACAGAGUUCCAGUCUUACUGUCCAUCAGAGAAUCCACACUGGAGAGAAACCUUUUAAAUGUAAUCAAUGUGGAAAGGCUUUCAUAAGAAAUUACAUGCUUGUAGAACAUCAGAGAAUCCACACAGGAGAAAAACCUUUUAAAUGUAAUCAGUGUGGAAAGGCUUUCACAUACAGUACCAGUCGUGCUUUACACCAAAGAAUCCAUACUGGAGAGAAACCUUUUAAAUGUAAUCAAUGUGGAAUGGCUUUUAGAAAGAAUUUCAAACUUGUAGAACAUCAGAGAAUCCACACAGGAGAAAAGCCUUAUAAAUGUAAUCAAUGUGGAGAGGCUUUCAGAAAGAGAGACAGUCUUGCUUUACACCAAGAAAUCCACACUGGAGAAAAAGCUUAUCAAUGUAUUCAAUGUGGAAAAGCUUUCACAUGCAAGGGAGAUCUUAGCAGACAUCAGAAAAUCCACACUGGGGAGAAACCUUUUAAAUGCAAUGAAUGUGGAAAGGCUUUUAUACGCAAUUGCAGGCUUACAGAACAUCAGAGAAUCCACACAGGAGAAAAGCCUUAUGAAUGUAAUCAAUGUGGAAAGGCUUUCAGAAAGAGAGACAAUCUCAUUUCACACCAGGGAAUCCACACAGGAGAAAAGCCUUAUAAAUGUCAUCACUGUGGAAAGGCAUUCAGAUAUAACUUCUACCUAACAAAACAUUACAAAAUCCACACGGGAGAGAAAUCUUAUGAAUUUAAUCAAUUUGGAGAGCCUUUCAGAAGAAAUUAUGUACUUGCAGAACAUCACAGAUUCCACGCAGAAGAAAAGCCUUAUAAAUGUAUUCAAUGUGGAAAGGUUUUCACAUGCAAAGGAGCUCUUAGCAAACAUCAGAAAAUCCACAGUGGAGAGAAACCUUUUAAAUGUAAUCAAUGUGGAAAGGCUUUCAUAUAUAAUUACAAUCUUACUCAACAUCAGAGAAUCCAUACAGGAGAAAAGCCAUAUAAAUGUAAUCAAUGUGGAAAGGCUUUCAUAACCAGUGGAAAUCUUGCUGUACAUCAGACAAUCCACACGGGAGAAAAGCCUUAUAAGUGUAAUCAAUGUGGAAAGGCUUUCAGAAAGAGAGAGAGUCUUAUUUUACACCAGGGAAUCCACACCGGAGAAAAGCCUUAUAAAUGUAAUCAAUGUGGAAAGGCUUUCACGUGCAAGGGAGUUCUUAACAGACAUCAGAAAAUCCACACUGGAGAGAAACCUUUUGAAUGUAAUCAUUGUGGAAAGGCUUUUACAUGCAGUGCCUAUCUUGUAAAACAUCAGAGAACUCACACUGGAAAGAAACCUUUUGAAACUAUUCAAUGUGGAAAGGCUUUUGCACAGAAUCGAAAUCUUGUUGAACAUCAAAGAACCCACACUGGAGAGACGUUUUAAAUGAAGUCAUUGAGGAAAGGAUUUCACAAAAAGGUCCUUUCCAGCUGCAUAUUAGAGAAUCCAUCCUGGAGAGUAAACUUAUAAAUGGGAGUAAUGUGGAAAGGCAUUCAGCUAGAAAUCCAAGAUUGGUAAAUGUCAGAGAAUCCUCACGAAGGAAAAUCAUAAACGUGAAAUGAUUUCACAAAGAGUUCCCACCUGGCUGUAUAUGAGACAAUCCACACUGGAGAGAAAACUUGUAAUUGUAUUCAAUGAGGAAAGCCUUUCACACAAAGAAUCCUCCUCAACAUCAUAGUAGCGACACUGGAGAGAUGUGUUUUCAAUGUGUUCCAUGUGGAACCAUUUCACUCUCAUCUCCAAUCUAGCUAAAUAUUAGACACAAUAAGAUAGGAAAUACUUACCUCCCUAAGAAUCUCCCCUAAAAUAAAAAAUAAAUGCCUCAUAAUAAAUUUUGUGCAGUAAAAGUGACCAAAACUCCAGAAGUUGUCCAGCCCUUACCAGGAUCUUAGGAAGGAUCUCAUAUCCUCCUGACCCAAAUGAAGGACUAGGCACUAUAGGCAGCCUCUGCUACAUUAGCCAAGAGCAAGCUUGGGGGCAGUUGGGUUAGGCUGGGGUUUCAGCCUCUAAAGUUUUCACUCUAGCACGGUGAACUAUAGGGCCAGAUAAUUGAAGGAGAAGAGAAAAGAGCCCUGUUCUAGAGAAAACUUCUCAGAUGAAGAUUUCAUAUUUCAAAUACUCAAAAGAGACAGGAACAGGUAGUUUCUGAUGACAAAAUUAAAAUUCCAGCCAUAUGAGAAAAUAUUCUAAUUUGUUAUUGAUGAGGGAAAUACAAAUCAAAAACACCAUUAUGAUAUUGCAUUCGGGACAAUACUUUGUUGCUGAAAUUAUCAAGUGAUCCAUUUAAUUUGGAGAACAAUAUGUAAUCAUGAUAAAAGAUUUAUAAACUUGUGUAUACUUUUUUAUUCCAAAAUCCACUAUAAGGUCUAUUUACCAAGAUAAUUAGAAAAAAAAGCCAAUUUAUACGUUUUAAAAGAUUGUUAGCUGUCUUUUGGCUGAGAAAGAACUAGAGACUGUGGAGAUGCCAUCAAUUCAUGAAUGGCUAAAGAGGAAUGGAAAAUGACCUAAAAUCUAUGGUUAAUAGUUUCAGCAGUGGUUGAUGAUAGUGUGUUGAGAACUUUAUGAAACAGUUCAGGCCAUCUCUUCCAUUAUCAUAUCCUUAUCACUAAUCAGUGUAGCUCCAUCAGCAUUGAGCAGCUUAGUUAGCUCUUUGGUACAUAAAUAGUCUUCAGAGCAUCAUAAAAGAAUUUUGGAUUGUUACACUUAAUGUAAAAAUGAAAUGUGUCUAUAUACUGGGCCAAAAAUCCAACAUGUCUGUAACCUUUGCUUAUACUUUUGGGAGAGUUAACGCCUUCCUAGAGAUGGAUGACCUAAAUUACUUGUAAUCUUGUAGAGUUCUUAUUUUUCAGUUAAUACCGUCGAAAUUUCCCCAUUGUUUUCAUCAAACUAAUGUGGAUGUUUACUUUUUCCCCAGGUGAAUAAAUAUGAAACUAUCCAACAAA